UGCCCUUCCCCAUCUCUCUCCGCCUCAUCGAUAUCGCUGUGUAUCACUACUUCCAGUUGUUCUUCCUCCUACCUCUAUACUUCACCUUUCCCUCUAUUGUAUGUGGAGGUAUCUCCUCGUCCUCUUUGCUAUUAUUUUAACCUCUCUACACCUUAAUUUCAGUCUAAAUUAACCGGACUUCCCCGGUCGAUAAAGAGACGCCGAGUCACCGUUGACGUUGAUAACCGUAUCGACUUCAAGUGGGAAUGCAAGGCACUUCAGAGUUUGUAGACGAGCAGUCAAGAGCAGCCUCAAAAGCGCCUAUCGUGCGCAAUCCGAGAGCAUGCACCGUUUGUCGGGCAGCGAAGAUGAAAUGCGUCGGGGCAGAGGAUGGUCUCAAGUCUUGUCAGAGGUGCACAAGAACAGGUGUGGAUUGUGUCUUUGAGAAACAUCGCAGAGGGCGAAAACCUGGAUCAAAGCUAUCCGAAGCCUCUAAAAUGCUCCGACGCUUAGAGAAAGGAUUGAACACAGCGAAACUCAAGCAAAGUGAUUCAUCGUUGUCGACAGUAUUCCCCGCCGACCCCCGUACUCCUCAGUCAGAUAACGCUCAGUUUGGCGGACUCCAGUCCUCUGACGCUUAUGGUUCCGCUGGUAAUUUAUUACAUGCUACAAGAGUACAAUGUGACUCAAAACACAUCAUCAUAGACGGAUAUGCAGCUUCAAGCGUCAGUUCGCGCACUGUUGAUCCAGAGGAGGAAGAGGACGGAGAAAGAAGCGACGAGAAAUUUCCUGCCAAAUUAAUCAAAAGGGAAAAUUCCUUUUUCAGGACCAUCCUCAACCCAGAACACAAGUCGCCAAUGCUUCCUGUGCCUCGAAAUCCUUACCUCCCCCAGUCAUUGCGCCCGGCGCCUCUCCCGAUCGGCUACAACGAUCCAAUCACAGCCGGCUUAAUCAACGAAAACAAAGCAAAGAUCCUCUUUGAUGCAAUCUUCCUUCGACUGAAUCCAUUUAUAAAUCUUUUCGAUCCAGCUUUGCAUUCUGUUGCCUAUGUGCGAUCUAAAUGCCCUUUGUUAUUUACUACCUUGAUAAUGGCUGGCUGCAAAUUCUUCGAACCAAGCUUAUACAAGGAAUGUCUGAGGCUUGCUAAUGACCUUGCAGUCCGGGCAUUUGCAGAAGGUUGGAAACGAGUAGAAGUGAUCCAGGCAUUUUCAUGUCUGACUUAUUGGAGAGAACAAGAGGACAACCGGACAUGGAUGUAUAUUGGAUAUGCGUGUCGGAUGGCUGUGGAACUUGGCCUCAACCGAUAUCAUGCAAAACCUCCCGCUCAUGAAACCGACUUCCAACUUCGUGAAAGGCGGAACAGAGAGAGGACAUACCUCGUUCUCUUUGUGCAUGACCGGAGUCUCAGCAUGCAGACGGGUCGGCAUUGGAUGCUUCCUGAAGAUGACUUCAUAAGGCACUCUGACACCUGGCACGAGCAGGGUGGAACACCCAUUCGAUGCGAAGAUGUCAUCGUUUCUGCUUUCGCACAACUCCGUCGCAUAGCGACCGAGGCUACAGACAUGUUCCACACCAACCGGAGUCUUUCGGACGGUGGAAACAGUCAAGUUAAUAUCGAUAUGGUGCUGAAAAACUGUAAUGCAAAGCUUGCACUGUGGACCACUACCUGGGACCAAGAGAUGAGAAAAGCUAAUGGAGAGUCGUUCCACUUUUCCUUCACCAGUCUUUUUUGCCUCUAUUCGAGCCUUUUCUUGAAUAGUUUCGGUGUUCAAUCUAGCGUCCCACCCGCCAACCGAACGAAUAGUCAUGUUCGCGCCUUAUCUGCGUGUUUUGAAAAUGCGUUGAAUGUGCUGGGAAUUGCAUCCAAAGACUUUAGGGAAUUUGGUGUUUUGAGACGACCUCCGUUAUGACUGCAUACUCUGCUAUAUUUCUAUUGAAGGUAAUAAAUGUGCUGCCUCCAAAUC